GAGAGGAGAGGAGAGGAGAGGAGAGGAGAGGAGAGGAGAGGAGAGGAGAGGAGAGGAGAGAGAAACACAUCCCUGCUUCCAGCUGGGAUCGCUUUGCUGGCUGAGCUGUGUUUUCUAGAAGCUGGUAACUGCUCCGGGCAUCUUCAGGGGUGUUGGAGCAGAGCAAGAGAAGCGUUGGGGAGGGAUAUUUUUAGAUGCUCUUUGUGCUCAGAGAGCAAAACCAGGCUGUGGCUGAAGGGCCAUUAGCUGCUGGGCAUGUUUGAAAAGCUGAAGAAGGGCUGAGGAUUCAGUUUGACACGAUGGAAUAGAGCAGCUUUGCAGACACGACAGCAAUUUAUGGCCUGAGUGUUGAAGCGAAGAUCCCAAGAGGAGACUGGAUCUGGGCAGCCCAGCCUGUUUAGCUGCCACAUGGGGUCAGGGUGGCUGAUCCCUCAAAAGGACACGUUCACAUCGUUUGUGGGGUGAUGUUUGCUCCAAUGGCUGCGGGAGAGGUGCAGAAAAAAUGCGGACAAGAGAUCCGCAUGUCAGACCAUCACCAUCCCAGCGAUGGGGAGUCAGAUUCCCAGCACGGCAUUACUGUGGUCUUCCUCCUCGUCCUUGUGUUCUUCAUCAUGGGGCUGGUGGGGUUCCUGAUCUGCCAUGUCCUGAAGAAGAAGGGUUAUCGCUGCCGGACGUUCCGGGACGAGCUUGACCCAGAUGACAAAGAUGGGGUGGAGGAGCUCCAGGAUGAUGAAGAGGACGAGAAGAAUGACGACACUGUGGAGAAGAUUGUGAGGUGCAUCAUCCAAAACCAAGCAAACGUGGAGGCCCUCAAGGAGAUGUUGGGGGAAAAUGAAGGGGACAUACCAGUGCCAGUGCCAGUGCCCAGCCUUUGUCCCCACAGCAGCAGCCAGGACGGGGGCCCCCCUCACCACCACACGGUGCACCUGGGCUCCACGCAGGCCCCCUGCAUCCACUGCAGCAGGAGGAAGAGGCACCCGCUGCAGCGCCAGGGCCGGUCCAAGGAGGGCAAAAGCAGGAUGCUUCCUGGAGAGACCACUGUCUUCUCAGUGGGCAGGUUCCGCGUCACACACAUCGGGAAGAAGCCACCCGUGCAGGAGCAGCAGGACGGAGCCCUGCCCGGCGGCAGCCGGCAGCCGAGCACGGAGGAGCUGGAGCGCAGCAGCGAGAGGCUCCAGCGGGAACGGGCUCUCAACGGGACUGUCCCCAUGGGCGGCCUGCAGAACGGAGCCAUCCAGACGGGCACCCAGAGUAGCAGAAGCAUCGAGCAAAGCCUGUCUGCCAUCCCGGCUGUGAACACACCGGCCAGCUCCGGCACCCGUGACAGCCGGCGGGCGGGCGGGGGGUCCGGUCCGGCGGGGUCCCUGCAGGAUGCUGGCUCUGCUCCCGGCAGCUCGGGCCGCCAGCGGAGGCUCAUGAGCAUGCCAGCGCUGGGAGCGUCGAGUCCCAACAUCCCAGGAGAGCUGGCGAGGGAAGGAGCCGGUAUCUGCCUGGAGGAGAUCGGACUGGAGUCGGCAGAUGAAGUGUCGGAUAUUCACGGGAGCCUGAGUCUGCAGGAGCAGGCUGAUGAGCUGGGAAGAGACGACAGCAGCAGGAAACAGUCUGGAGGGGAGGACGGGAGGCAGCAGGAGCCCAGUGCCACGGAGCAGGAUCGUGUGUGACCUCCUCUCCGCUCCCGGCCGGAGCGUGGACGGGAGGCGCGCAGCCCCCGGAACCCUCGGGGCUGGGGGGGCUCUGCCGUGGGGCAGCCGUGCCCGGCCCCGGGUGGGCAGCUACGCGCUUGGCAUGGCCGGAGCGACGCGCCAGCGGCACCGACAACCGCGCUCGGCGCCAGCCUUCAUCCCAUUGGCAAUAGGUACCCGAGUCCCACCCAGCGCACCCUCCCCGAGGUCACCGGACACCCCCCCGAGGGACCUUCGGGCGUGGCAGGGGCAGGGCAGCAUCCAGAGCCCGCUGCCCCCGCGGCCCCCCAGCUCCGGGGCAAGGAUGCGAGGGGGCCAUGGCGAGGGGCAGGGAUGGAGGGAGCGAUUUGAGCCCCCCUCUCCCACCCCGGGGCGGUGGGGAGCACCCCCAGACCCACCCGGCACGUUCAGCACAGAGCACAGCUCCCCCCCACACCCCACCCCAGCCGGGCACCCCUGCCACGCAGAGUGGGCACAGGCACAAAUCCUGCACCGGCAGGUCCCUGGGAGAUGCAGGCGGAGAGAGAAGCUCCCAGCCCCAUCCCACAGGCACAGGAGGGGCCGGAGCCCGGCCCUGGGGGCGGGAUUGCCCCCGGCCAGGCCAGCCCCGGGAGCUUCGGUGUGUAACGCCCUGUACAUAGACGAGCUACAACCAUUAAAGCUGCUGAACCCCU